AUUUCCUUUAUCGUUUAAAAUAAGAUCACGUUUCGAUUUUCCAAUUACUUUUAGUUUUGAAUUUGAUUACACCGUUUGUGCCGUGACAAGUUUCGGAGUAUUGUCACUGAGAGAAUUUCAUUGCUCUAUUGUAAGGGAUAAAUAGGAUUUAAAGAAAAUAACGAAAAACAUGAAGAUUUACAUUCUUAUAAUUUGUUUCUUCUGUUUCCAUUUGACCGAUUCACUAAGUUAUGGACCCAAUGUCUGUACGGUAUAUCAAGCGUAUUCGUAUCAACAAUACCAAGACGCAUGGCGAUAUACAUAUAGAAGUACAAGAUGCGGGUUUUUAUGGCUUGACACGUGCUACACAAAUGUAGGUUAUCAUACGACAAUACCUGUUACGAAAUAUUAUACUAGAAGCCAUUACGAAUGUUGUGCAGGCUAUGAGGAAGAUGAAAAUAAAUGUCAUCCAAUUUGUCAAAAAUCUUGCUUGCAUGGGCAAUGUGUCGCACCAAACAGUUGUUUGUGUUCGGCUGGUUGGAAGGGCAACAUCUGUGACACAAGUUGUAAAGAUACUUGGGGCAUUAACUGCACCAAAAAAUGUUUAUGUGAAAAUGGAGCCAAAUGCGAUCCUGCUAAUGGAAGGUGUAACUGUACGAAAGGAUGGCAAGGAACACAUUGCGAAAUACCGUGCAAAACAGGAUACUACGGAUAUCAAUGUCAGGAAAAAUGUCAAUGUCAGAAUAGAGCUAAGUGCGAUCAUAUCACUGGAUCGUGUAUUUGUGAACCAGGAUAUACUGGAAACAAAUGCGAAAGUAUUUGCAAAGUAAGUAUAGUUGCAAGUUGUAAAGAUACUUGGGGCGUUAACUGCACCAACAAAUGUUUGUGUAAAAAUGGAGCCACAUGCGAUCCUGCUAAUGGAUCGUGUAACUGUACUAAAGGGUGGGAAGGAACAAAUUGCGAUAUGCCGUGCAAAACAGGAUAUCACGGAUAUCAAUGUCAGGAAAAAUGCCAAUGUCAGAAUAGAGCUAAGUGCGAUCAUAUCACUGCAUCGUGUAUUUGUGAACCAGGAUAUACUGGAAACAAAUGCGAAAGUAUUUGCAAAAACUGGAAAUUCGGUAAAAAUUGUCAAACACAAUGCAGCUGCAGACGACAUACGACACUCCACUGUGACCAUGUCGAUGGUAGGUGCGAUUGCUCACCCGGAUACAUCGGCAGCAAUUGUCAGAUUCAAUUCAAAAUAACAAUUUGUGAGAAAUCUUGCUUGCAUGGGCAAUGUGUCGCACCAAACACCUGUUUGUGUUCGGCUGGUUGGAAGGGCAACAUCUGUGACACAAGUUGUAAGGAUACUUGGGGCGUUAACUGCACCAACAAAUGUUUAUGUAAAAAUGGAGCCAAAUGCGAUCCUGCUAAUGGAAGGUGUAACUGUGCUAGAGGAUGGCAAGGAACAAAUUGCGAAAUACCGUGCAAAACAGGAUACUACGGAUAUCUUUGUCAAGAAAAAUGUCACUGUGAGAAUAGAGCUAAGUGCGAUCAUAUCACUGGAUCGUGUAUUUGUGAAUCAGGAUAUACUGGAAACAAAUGCGAAAGUAUUUGCAAAAACUGGAAAUUCGGUAAAAAUUGUCAAACACAAUGCAGCUGCAGACGACAUACGACACUCCAUUGUGACCAUGUCGAUGGUAGGUGCGAUUGCUCGCCCGGAUACAUCGGCAGCGAUUGUCAGAAUCAAUGCAAAGAUUGGAAGUAUGGAAAAAAUUGUGUGCAAGCGUGUAAUUGUAGUAGAAACAGCACAAUCCAGUGUGAUCAUAUAACUGGUCUCUGCAACUGUGCACCUGGGUACUUUGGAGACAGCUGUGAAAAUACUUGCGAGGAUUGGAAGUAUGGGGAAAAUUGUGCACAAGAAUGUAACUGUAGAAGAAACAGCACAGUUCAGUGUGAUCAUAUAACCGGUGUGUGCGACUGUGCGCCUGGGUAUAUUGGAGACAGCUGUGAAAAUACUUGCGAUAUUUUCGAUUACGAUUGUAAUCCGUUAUGUAAUUGUAGUGUAAAUAAUUCGAGAUAUUGUGAUCACUUAAAUGGACAAUGUGAAUGUAAGCCUGGAUGGAAAGGUGUUCAGUGCUAUGAACCGUGUGAAUUUGGUUAUUGGGGAGAAAACUGUGAAAAUAUAUGCGAUUGUGGAGGCGAGACAUGUUCUGCCAUUACUGGAAUAUGCCUUGAUUCUGUUCAUAAAGAAGCGAGGAUUCAAAUCGUAUCUGGUGUGUCUUCUGCUGUUCUUCUAAUAGUGAUCAUUACUGUUUCGAUUUUAAUGUAUAUCUGUUGCGUAAAGAAGAGAAGAAAUAAAUUUACAAAUGCUACGAUCAAGUAUAUAAAGUAAAUACCAAACCGAUGCGCAUUAUAUGCCAUUUAAAUUUGAUUUAAUACAUCUCAGGAUUUCGUCACAGAAGUGGCACAAUAUAUAGGACUAAGUUCAGCUAGCCAAUCUAUUGAUUGGAUAAAUUACGUUUCUUAAAUUAAAUAUCAAAAUUUAAUUUGAAAUUGGUCAUUAAAUUUACUGUAAUACGAGAUGGCGGCAUAACUGCGUACUUUAAAUUCAAAUUAAUCAACUUUUAAUAUUUAAUUAUAGCCUGUACAUAGCUCAAAAAUUUGGCAUAUGGUUUGGCGUGUUUAUUGUAUAACAGGCUAUGGUUGUUAUGUUUAUUCGUAAUAUGUGUGUACGCAAGUUUGGAAGAAUGUGUUAUCACAAGGGACACUAAGAUGCUAGUGGAACGAGUGCUAAACACGGACUGAUGGAGCAUGGCACAAUUCGGAACUAUCUCUCUCCUUGUUACUCGUUAUGCGAUAAACGUCGCUCGUUACCGAUUCGUUUUUUACAAUUUGUUUCGCUCGUUACGCGAGGUUUUACUGUAAUGUAUUACUUGUUACAAAAUUAAUUUUGAUACGUGUACGUGUGUGUGUAUUGUGUUGUA